UGUGGACGUCAAUUGUUUGUGGUUUAAAAUAAUUAAAUAAUUUCUUAACUUUGAUAUGUUUGUGGUAUUUUGAGAACAAAAACUACAACAAUAUGCCACCGAAACAAAGAAAGAUUGCAAUUAUGGGAUACAGAUCAGUGGGUAAAUCAUCCCUGAGCAUCCAGUUUGUAGAUGGACAGUUUGUGGAUUCCUAUGACCCAACAAUAGAAAAUAGUGAGUAUGUUGUUAGAGUGUAUAAUAAAGCUAAUCAUUGUUCAAUAUCACUUUUGUGAAAUAGUAAGGACUUC